AUGAAUGCCACCCAAACCUUAGAGCCUCUGGCCAAGAAACUCAUGAAGGGAGUGAUCGUUCUGGAGCUGAUGGGUGUUGGAGCGUACGGUCUGUUUCACAUGAUGAACAACAGUCAAGAUUUCAGGAAAACCAUGAACAGGAGAUUUCCAUCACUUCUCGAAGUUUACUACCAGUCCAACGAGUGGGCAGGAGUCUACAGCAUCCGAGAGAGAGACCAAGAAGCCUGGUCAUCCAAACAGGACUAA